AGUUGUAGUUUCCAGAACUGAUUGAACAGAAGAGAAAAUUAGCAUUUAGAUUGUUUUAUGACUAAUAUAUGAAUACUAUAUUGACAUAAUGUAAUAUCAAUCACGGAUACACUCUGUCGUUAGCUUCCGCUGACAGUUUAUCUCUCCUCUGACUGGGCUGACCUCGUGAACUACAAACACCAACCGGAAGUAGCUAAACGCAGUGUUUUCUGUGCACAGCCGGAGAGAUGAGACUUCCUCUUCGCUCCUUUUGCAUUGUCAGGAGUUUGUUCCCUCAAAGGCGACCAGCAUCAAACCCACAGAGGAGAGGCCUGAGCGGUGCAGCGAUGCGUCUGGUGCAGUUUCGACGCCAUGGUGACGGUGGAGGUGUCAGGGUGGGAGUGGAGCAAGGCGGCGGAGGGCUUGGCGUGGUGGAUCUGAAGGCGUUUGACCCCUCCAUGCCCUCGACAAUGAGAGAGCUGCUGGAGCUGGGAGACGAGGGUCUGGAGUGUGCACAGAGAGCCUUGUCGUCCGGUCAGUGUGUGGUGGAGCGGUCAGACAUCCAGCUGCUGUCUCCUGUGUUGAGCCCAGAGAAGGUGGUGUGUGUGGGUAUGAACUACAGGGACCACUGCCUGGAGCAGAACGCCCCAAUCCCCAAAGAACCCAUCAUCUUCAACAAAUUCCCCAACACCAUCACAGGGCCGUACGACGACAUCAUUCUGCCCUCAGAGAGCCAGGAGGUGGACUGGGAGGUGGAGCUGGCCUUUGUGAUUGGACGAGGAGGAAAACACAUCAAGGAGGAAGACGCUCUCUCCCACGUGGCCGGCUUCACCGUGGCCAAUGACGUCAGCGCACGCGACUGGCAGAUGAAGCGAAACGGGAAGCAGUGGCUGCUGGGAAAAACCUUUGACAGCUUCUGUCCCCUCGGCCCUGCGUUAGUGACCACCGAUGCUGUGAAAGAGCCUCACAACCUGGGCGUCCGCUGCCUGGUUAAUGGAGACACAGUCCAGAGCAGCAACACUGAUCAGAUGAUCUUCAAGACGGAGGCGCUGGUGGCCUGGGUCUCAAAGUUUGUGACUUUGACUCCAGGAGAUGUUUUCUUGACAGGCACUCCUCCAGGCGUGGGUGUGUUCAGAAAGCCACCCGUCUUUCUCAAGAAAGGAGACGUGGUGGAGUGCCAGAUCGACCAAUUAGGCUCUAUUAUCAACAAAGUGGUCUAAACUGCUGAGAACACCAACAGACCAUGAAGGAAUGUCACCUGUUAAACAAACUGCCCCUCUGAUCCCCUGCUUCACACAAUGAAUUACUAUUUCCACAAAGUUUAAUGUCAUUCUUCUGAUAGAAUGUUAUUCUGAAUGUUUUUAUUCGUGAUACUACAGUGAUUGUGAGGGAGGAACACACUGUAUUUUUACUUCGGGAAACAGUAUAAUUACGUGACUCAGUGUGCUGUUCGGCAGCUUGACCUCAGUCAUUGAGUCACAGUCAUCGCCAGCUGUAAAAAUACCCCUCUAAAUCAGCAGCCACCCACUCAUGCUAUAAGAGCACAAACGAUGAACCUCAGGACCCUUUAAUGUGUAAAAAAGGGUUUUCAUUUUGUUUAAUAUUCAUGAUGAAUUGUAUAUAAAACAGUUCGACUAACUUAGAGAAUUCAAACACAUACUUUCUCAUAAAAAGUAGGCCUAUUUUCAUUAAAGAGAGGAAUUUUAUUUAAUAAAAAAAACAACGCUGUCUUCAAAUUUGUCCCUUAUAUUGUGUUCGAGGAAAUUCUUCAUAAUAAUUUCAAUCUGCUUUUGAUUCAUGUACCUGCUUGAUUCAUUUUCUUUUGGCUUAGAUCACUGAAGAUAAUUUUUUCCCCACUGAUAACAGCUUUAGAGAAAUCCCCGCACUGAAUGGACUCAUUUUGCAAUUAAGUAAGGUGACUUUUUCUACAUGGUCAUAUUUUUUUUUUUCAAAUUAGUUGAUUCAAAAUUCAACGUUACGUUUUGGAGAUUUGGUCCAAAGUAGCUUACAUUUCUUGGGUACACAGUACCGUACAGUAAUUAGUAUCAUAAAAAUAACAGUCCUGCAAUAAAUCUUACAUUGAAAAAGAUUAGUGC